AUGCAGGACGAGGAGAAGCAGGAGCAGCGGCUCUCUGAAGGCUUCGGCCUGAGAGACGAAGCGGUGGAGGAUCAGGGACGGAACGAGGAACCAGAGGGGAACCUGAGAGGAACCGGUGUGGAACCGAUCACGGACCAGGUGGAAAUGGUCUGUGACCAGGUGGAUGGUAACGAGCAGCCAGCGAUGAACUGGUGGCCAAAAAAACACAAAAAACCUGCAACCUCUGUUGUAUGGAGAUAUUUUGGACUCAAGCUCAGCGACAUUCUGCAGGAAGAGACCUCCAUCAGCGUUCGGGCCGCCGCUCAGAAGACCCCCCGCGUGUCAAACCGUGUUCGGCAAAGCAACAGCUGGCCCUUCGCCUCCCAUCAUCCACCUCUCCCCACCCGCAGCGAUGACAGGACAGGCUAUUCAAAGUUUGGCAGGAUGUGUGGAGCAGAGCAGAGGCCGGCUGCCGGUAUUCGGAAGAGGCCACGACGAGCACAGUCCAUCUAUCUGACAUCUAUCUGUGCUUGUCAGGACUGUCCGUCCACUCACGACCUGCUGACCUCGCUGCGGCAGGUGGAGAAGAUGUUAGCGGUGCAGGAGACGUCGUACCAGCAGGGCGUUCGCUCCCUCAGGAAGAAGCUCAGCGCUCUGCAAAACACCACCAUGGCCAUCUUUAAGACGGGCAAGAACGGUGAGGAAUCUUCCUGCCCUAAACCAGAAACCCCUUCCCACGGCCGCAGACUGGGCCGAGUGUUUGGCGUCGGACACGAGGUCCACUUCCUGUGCAAACCCAACUACGAGCUGAUUGGCCCGAGGACCCGGGUGUGCCUGGAGUCUCUGAAGUGGAGCGGCCAGCAGCCCAUGUGCAGACGUUUCAACAGCACCGCAAACUCCCUGCCCUCCUUCUCUCCUGAUGCUCCUGUUGCCUCCCUCCCUGUCUCUGCUGCUCUGUCAGCAUCCUCCUCCUCCUCCUCAACCUCAUCUUCAUCAUCAUCAUCUUCAUCCACAUCCUCCUCUCCCUCCUCCUCCUCCAUCCGUCCGUCUCACUGCACUCACUUCCUGGGCUCCACACGCUGCACCUGUGAUGUUGGUUUCACCAUCUCAGGCCGAGACAACAACAUCUGCACCGAUAUCGAUGAGUGUCGUCUCUUUCCUCUCGGUCAGCCCGGUCGACUCUGCGUCCAUCAGUGUGUAAACACGCCCGGCAGCUUCCACUGCUUCUGUCCAGCCGGGUACGACCUCGCCAGGGACAGCCGCAGCUGCUCAGACAUUGACGAGUGUGAGAACCGGAUGCACGACUGCAGAGCGGAUCAGCUGUGUGUGAACACCUUCGGAGGUUUCCAGUGUGUGACGGUUGAAUGUCCGGAGAUGAAAAACGCCACGUACAUCAAGACGUCACCGAUGCGCUGUGAGAGGAACCCGUGCAUGCUGGGAGACAAGGCGUGCACUCAGGCGCCGAACUCCAUCUCCUUCCACUUCCUGCCCGUCGUAUCCAACAUGUCUGCCCCACGCGUCCUCUUCCGGGUGUCGGCGGCCCGCGUGCUCGGCGACACGCUGCGGUUCGGCCUGGCGGGCGGACGAGGGCGAGGUCACUUCAGCGUGCAGCGCUCGGGCCGGCAGACGGGCACCCUCCUCCUGGUGACGCCCGUCAAAGGUCCCGCCACCCUGGAGGCAGAGGUGGAGAUGAGCGAGCUGGAGGGUCACGCUCUGCUCGGUCGCUACCUCACUAAGGUUACCCUGAUGGUGUCUCCAUAUGAGUUUUAA